AGCGCCGCGCCGCCUGAAGUCCGACGUCGUCGCGCGUCUCCGGCUCCGCGGCUCCGCCUGGGAGAGCGCCCUCCCCGCGCCGACACACAGGUACCCCAAGAUUCAACCUGCCAGUCAUGGUCAUGCCCUGACGACCUUCUGCUAAACCUUCCAGAUAUUGAGUGACUUCCUGGACCUUCACCUGCUCCAGAACUCCUCUGAUACUCUGCUUGGAGGAAAUCCUGUGGAAGACUCCAAGACCUUAGGAAAUGGUGGAGCUACCUGACAGGAGUCUGUGUCCCUGAUAAACUAUAAAGAACAGAGUCUGCCACUUCCUAGGUUAGAUGCGAGUACUCUUUGGAGCAAUUUUUAAACCUCGGUAUGCAAACCACUACACCAAGACUUUAGAAGGAAUAAUGGAGCAAAGAUGUGUUCUUUCUGAUGCAGCUAAGAGUGAAGCUGUGGAAGAGGCAGAUUCCUCCCUUCCGCCUCCCUCUCCCCAUCUCUUCUAUUCUGCUUCACAGAAGAAAGACACAUACCUCAAAAAUCUCUCCAGACAUCAAACAAGAUAUUUCUGUUAAAAGUGAAAAACUGGCAUUUAAAAUGGACUGGUAUUGAUAAUUGUUAUUUAAAGAUCUCACCUUUUCCACCUUUUCACACUGUCAAAGAAUGCGUCACUUUUGAAGGAGUUCCUUAAGAGCAAAGCAAAUAACAUACAGACAGGCAUAAAUCAACAAGUAUGCUGCAUGAGAAAAAAUGCACCUGUGGAGUAAGAUACCAACAUUGGCUUCUAAUUCUGGUGGUGGCAUUUCUUGAGGCCCUCCCUUGGAUUUGAUUAUUCAUGCCUGAGUGGAGUGUCAGCUGCAGAAAUAGGAGGUUUAAUGAGUUUCAUGGGGAUACCUCAUUCCAAGAACAAAAACUGGAAAAGGAAUAAAAUGCUUCCCCAAUGGUGUAAAUAUGAGGUUGGAGUGCAUAAAGAAAAAGAAGAAAAUCUUCAUCUUCAAUUUUCUAACAUCCAACUCUGAAUUGACAUACGUAUACUCUGACCAUUUUAUUUGAGUGGAAAGUUGAAAGAAAGCAACACACCAGCUAUACCCAUCCAGCGCUCCUUGGGGUGGAAUAGCAAAGUUCUAGGGCAGAGCCUUCCUUCCCAGAGCCGGCGGUGCAUUCGCUCUCGGAUACCUGCUCAGCUUCACGCCGCAUCUGAAGGUCUGCCCGCCGCGGAACAGUUGCGUCUCCAUCUGGCUGCCAACCCACCCAAGCUUUCUUCUCCUCCACCACCACCACCUUCCCUCCUUCCCCCCACCUCCCCCUCCUUUCCGUCUUCCCUUUCCACCCCCGCCCCCAAUCUCCUCCUCUUUUUCUCACUACAAGCGGUUGCUGAUGCUGAAGCCGAGCGUCACUUCGGCUCCCACGGCAGACAUGGCGACAUUGACAGUGGUCCAGCCGCUCACUCUGGACAGAGAUGUUGCCAGAGCAAUUGAAUUACUGGAAAAACUACAGGAAUCUGGAGAAGUACCAGUGCACAAGCUACAAUCUCUCAAAAAAGUCCUUCAGAGUGAGUUUUGUACUGCUAUUCGAGAGGUGUAUCAAUAUAUGCAUGAAACGAUAACUGUUAAUGGCUGUCCCGAAUUCCGUGCCAGGGCCACAGCAAAGGCCACAGUUGCAGCUUUUGCAGCUAGUGAAGGCCACUCCCACCCCCGGGUAGUCGAACUGCCAAAGACGGAUGAAGGCCUUGGUUUUAACGUGAUGGGAGGAAAGGAGCAAAAUUCCCCCAUUUAUAUCUCUCGCAUCAUUCCUGGAGGGGUGGCUGAAAGACAUGGAGGCCUCAAGAGAGGAGACCAGCUGCUGUCAGUGAACGGAGUGAGUGUGGAAGGAGAGCACCAUGAGAAGGCUGUGGAACUACUCAAGGCUGCUAAGGACAGCGUCAAGCUGGUGGUCCGGUACACCCCGAAAGUCCUGGAAGAAAUGGAGGCUCGCUUUGAAAAGCUACGGACAGCCCGGCGUCGGCAGCAGCAGCAAUUGCUAAUCCAGCAGCAGCAACAGCAGCAGCAGCAACAGACACAGCAAAACCACAUGUCGUAGGUCCUUGAAGAAAAGCUACUUGAUCAAACAUCCAAUAGUCACAAAUUUGAAACCGUGCUUCAGAAUCCCAGCACAUAGUAAAGGAAAAGACAACACUGAUAAUUAUACCUGUCAAGAAACUGUGAA